AUGGAAGGCCUCGGGCAGGACUCCAUGUUCAUCAACUUUGUCGGUGACAUAAAUGUGAUGGCGUUUCCCCAAAAGCACGCAGCAGGACCAAAAGAGCAGGUGGCCACUGCUCCAGCUUUUGCGCGCAACCAGACCCGGAUAAACGACUCGUCUUGGAGCAGAGAGCUGCAGGACGGCGCGCGCGCUGAGCCGCUCGGCGCACAGAGUCUGGGGGUGGGUUCACCGAGGUGCUGCAGGUCCAAGCGGAGGCGGGUCAUCACCGGAGUCCAGCGGCAGGCGGCCAACGUGAGGGAGAGGAAGAGGAUGUUCAGCCUGAAUGAGGCGUUUGAUGAGCUGAGGAGGAAAGUUCCCACGUUCGCCUACGAGAAGAGGCUGUCCCGGAUCGAAACACUGCGCCUGGCCAUCAUCUACAUCUCCUUCAUGACGGACCUGCUGGAGAGCACCUGA